AUGGAGUCGCUAGCAUCAUACGCUUUGAUCGCCUUGACCGUCGCUUCCUGGUUGCUGGCUCUCAAUUCGGCUCAAGUCUUUGCAUAUGGUAAUACGUCUCCUGCAGCCAAACUGGACAUACAACUUACACUUCCCAGGANNCGCACCCUACAUGUUCUUGGUCUCGUCCUCGCAUCUAUUGGCGCCUCUUUGCUAUUCCUGUCGCGAUACUUUGCCAAAUCUUUGACUACCUCUUACGAUGAAUUACCACUCGAAGAAACGGCCUCUGAUGCCUCGCCAUCUCCACCUUCACCUGUAUCGCCUAGCCUCAACCACAUUCAUCUUCCUCAGACCAGUCUUCGCAAGAUGCGAUUUCUCUUCGUUCUCUUGGUAGUCCUGAUAUGUGCCCGCGCUGAGACCAUAAGACGCCUUGUCAAAGAUGUUCAGUGUGUCGGUCCUGCUUACACUGAACUCAUACCCCUGGGUCUUGCCAUCCUUGACUUCUGUCUAUAUCGAAGACACAAAGUUUCUGUACCUGAGAACAACUCGGACCUCAGUAUCUAUGAACUCCUCGAACACUCUUGGGCUACCAACCGCUUUCGCUACAUCAUCAUCACCGCUAUACUUGCCAUGUCGAGCGCAACUAUUCUGCACCAAAGCGAUAGCCCUUCUUCCACCUAUAUUUGCACUCCCGCAACUCACGAUAAAAUGAUCACGAUUCAACGCCUUGCUUUGGUUCUCGAUUUUUGCAUUUCUUUCUGUCUGGAUGCUCUUUUGAGCUCGUACCCUAAUACUGGCAAGGCCUCUCCUGCCAGAUCUUUAAGCAUCACUGGGUGGGCUUGUCUUCUUUCUGCUUCGGCUAUUGGUGUCUGGGGUGUCAUCUGGUUCCUCGCCGUUCCUGAGGAUAGAUUUUGGGUCCUCGAGAUACCUCGCGGCUUCAUCUGGCAACUGGUCAAAUUAGCCAUCUUGUGUUGUAUUGCAGCAUUGUCUACCUGUAUCACUAUUUUCUAUUCAGGUGCGAUGUCGGCUAUUUCUGUCCUCGUAUUUGUCGCAUCUUGCUCGAUAACUAUCAGUUGGUCCUGGCAUACCUUAUCGGCGUUUCCACCUGACAAUGAUACAUUGACUCUGUUGUCCUUCUGCGGUCUUACAGUCGCAUUCAUCGCGCUUAUACAUACCCAAGUCAUUUCCGGAGACCACCGUCGCAAGCAGCAUGCGAUGUUUUCUGACACACCUAUUUCCCUCAUCGGACUGAUGAUUUUGCUUUUCUGCAUUCGCUUCCUAAUCUGGCUCGGCCAUGUCACUAAUGUCGCCUACCAUCCCAUCGAUCUACUUAUACACGAAGCAAGCGAUCUUCACAAAGUCUAUGCAGGACGAGCAUAUUCGAGUGCAAACCUUACAGAUGUCGUUAUUGCGUAUCAGCAUCGUUACGGCAGAAACCCGCCACCAAAUUUCCAUGAAUGGUAUAGAUACGCUAUCGGGCGUAACUCCUUAAUCAUUGAUGAGUUCAACAAGAUUCACGAAGACCUGUUGCCAUUCUGGACACUGGAGCCGUCCGAGAUCCGAGNNGAGAGAACAUGGCAGACAACAUCGAAUCCAUGGAACGAUGUCGCUGGAAUCAGCAUACGUAAUGGCAAAGCUGAGAUUAGUCCGCACGCCAUGGCCACUCAUAGAUGGAUGCUUGAUGGUAUUGUCGAUAUGAUUAGUCACUUCAGCGAGUUCCUUCCAGACAUGGAUUUGGGCUUCAACUUGAAUGACGAGUGCCGUGUCGCUGUGCCAUAUGAGGACAUACAAGCAAGAAGGCUGGCCGGCCAGGGGCACGCUAACUUCGACAAGAGCACACGUAACUCGUUCAGUGAGCAGCGCGGGGAUGCUUGGAAGCCGAUACCAGAGGAAUCGAGUGGCAUCACGCCUUUCAGAGAGAUGUCGUGGCAGAAGACAUUCAACGAGUUUGGGAUGACCGGAUGUCCACCAAGCUCUGCCGCACGCAGCUCGCUGCAUUGGGAUACUAGUCACUUGUGUACAUCAUGCGUGGCUCCACACUCGCUAGGUGCAUAUCUGUCCAAUUGGACGAAGAGUGCGGACAUAUGCCACCAACCCGAUAUUGCAAAUUUGCAUGGCUUCUACCUCUCGCCUGCAGCCUUCAAAGCAACUCACGAAUUGUACCCUGUUUUCUCGCAAUCCAAGGUUCAUGGCUACAACGACAUCAUGUAUCCAUCUGCUUGGAACUACAUGGACAAAGCAAGAUACGAUCCUAAUGAUGAACGCCCUGACCUUGCAUGGGAUGACAAGCAGCGAACACUGUUCUGGCGUGGUAGCACCUCCGAGGGUGUCUCAUCCUUUUCAGGUGUCUGGAAGGGCAUGAGCCGUCAGCGAUUCAUGCAUCUGGCCAACAACAUCGCUUCCACUCUACCGGCACAACCGGUUCUUCUUCCGUAUCCUUUCGCCAGCAAACGAAAGAAGCUUGCUUAUGUGGAUGUACCGGCCUCCGAGCUCACCAAGCACGUCUCUGUAGACGUCAAGCUGGUUGAACACAUCAUUCGUUGCGGCGGCAUCGACUGUGAAGACCAAGAGCGCCACUUCGCACCCAUGGUCCCACCAACAGACUUCCAAGCACAUUGGUCUUAUCGCUACUUGCUCGACCUCGAUGGCGCUGCCUUCUCUGGUCGCUUCAUCCCUUUCUUGCAGUCCCACAGUUUACCCUUCAAAGCAGCAUUGUUCCGCGAGUGGUGGGAUGAUAGACUGACACCAUGGCUCCACUUCGUACCUCUUGAUCUCCGCGGUCAUGGAUUCUGGGCCACCCUAGUUUACUUUAUGGGACUUCAAGGCAAGGUCCAAGGGAAACAGAUCAUGUUGCCUGCUCACGACAAGCAAGGCGAAUAUAUCGCCGACGCGGGACGAGAGUGGGCUAACAAGGUACUGAGAAAAGAGGAUAUGGAGAUUUAUAUGUUUAGGCUUUUGCUGGAAUGGGGCAGGAUUACGGAUGAUAAGAGAGAUGAAUUGGGGUUGAGUGUUGAGGAGGCAGAGAAGAUUGGAAAGGAGUGGGUGGAUGGCGGAAAGAUGUAUUAUGAUGAUAAGCAUACGUAG